CGCGCUCUGCAUCCCUCAUUAGCAUAAAGGCCCUAUAAGUAGCAGAAAUCCGCUUCCUAUUUUCUAUUUAUCUUUCGUGUUUUCAGGUUUUAAAAUGCCUGAGCCAGCGAAGUCUGCUCCUGCCCCGAAGAAGGGCUCUAAGAAGGCGGUGACCAAGGCCCAGAAGAAAGAUGGGAAGAAGCGCAAGCGCAGCCGCAAGGAGAGCUACUCCGUGUACGUGUACAAGGUGCUGAAGCAGGUCCACCCGGACACCGGCAUCUCGUCCAAGGCCAUGGGAAUCAUGAACUCCUUCGUCAACGACAUCUUCGAGCGCAUCGCGGGCGAGGCAUCGCGCCUGGCGCAUUACAACAAGCGCUCGACCAUCACAUCCAGGGAGAUCCAGACGGCCGUGCGCCUGCUGCUGCCCGGGGAGCUGGCCAAACACGCGGUGUCCGAGGGCACCAAGGCCGUCACCAAGUACACCAGCUCCAAGUAAACUUGCCAAGAGGAGCAAAUGGGCUUUAGAAAAGUAUUUUCCCACUACUGGUCACCGCUGGACUUUAUUAUAUCUCACAAAUAAGUCAAUGAAAAUGACUGAUACCAGAAGCAGAUAAAAGAUAUUUUCAACAAUCACAGAAAAAUCAAUGAGAACCUGCUUAAAGCAUUUAUUUUGAGUAUAAAAAUAUUAAAUGGUCAUUUGAGAAAUUUGCAAGAAGAAAAAUACAUAACAAAGAAAAUUAAAACAAAUCUUAGUAUCUCUUUUCUAUAUGUAUAUAAGACCUAUGAAUAUAUGAAUAUGAACAUAUAUGAGAUUCACCUAUAAAAAUGUCAUUUAAAAACCAAAUUUAGGUAUCAUGCUAUGUAUGUACACAUAUUGAAUUUUCUAGGUAAUAUGCCUAGAAACACAUUUUUUAAUGGGUAUAUUACUAUAUAGAUUGAGUUCCAUUUUUAUGCAUUAUAAAUCAUAUAGCUCACACUUCUUUGUAUGUAAAUCUUUGUUUAAAUAUUUAUUUCCUUAGAAUAGACUUCUAGAAGUAGAAUACUAAAUCACAAGGUAAAAUCAUUUUUUAAUGUUCUUAAUAUAUACAUUGUCAAAUUGCCUUUCAGAAGGACUAUGCCAGUUUAUAAUCCUAGUGUAAUUUAAAAAUUCUUGUUUUCAUAGCUGUCAUUUUUACUGAGAACACUUUUAAAGCAUUGUUAACCAGAUAGAUUAAAAAAAAUUGAAAUGUAAUUUCCUUCAUUAUGAGUGGAGGUAGUUUUCCCCAUGCUUUUAUUAGCCAUGACCCCAUAAAAAAUAAACUGCUAUUAAAUAGUG